AUGCAAAGUUGGCAUACCUGUCAAGAAAUUGUGAUACAACGCCGCGUCGAUGGUUCAGAGAAUUUCUAUCGUCCCUGGUUGGAUUAUAAACGUGGUUUUGGCAAUCGGAGUAGAGAAUUUUUCAUUGGUUUGGACACCAUCAAUUAUUUAACCAACAAUCGUCCUAAUCAAUUGUUGGUCGUAAUGGAAGAUUGGCAGGGCGAUCGACGUUAUGCCCACUAUAGUCUAAUAAUUGUGGGUAACGAAGCGGAGAAUUACAGAUUGAAACAAUUGGGUAAAUAUAGCGGAUCGGCGGGAGAUUCAUUAACCUAUUCAUUGGGAUACAAUUUCACCACCCACGAUCGUGACAAUGAUAUAGCUGUGGAAAAUUGUGCUGUACGUUAUACGGGUGCCUGGUGGUACAGAGAUUGUCAUCAAGCCAAUCCUAAUGGUCUCUAUGGAAAUUUAGAAUUUGGCAAAGGCAUUAACUGUUGGCAUACCUGUCAGGAGAUUGUGAUACAACGGCGCAUAGAUGGUUCAGAGAAUUUCUAUCGUCCUUGGAUGGAUUAUAAACGUGGUUUUGGCAAUCGCAGUAGAGAAUUUUUCAUUGGUUUGGACACCAUCAAUUAUUUAACCAACAAUCGUCCUAAUCAGUUGUUGGUCGUAAUGGAAGAUUGGCAGGGUGAUCGACGUUAUGCCCACUAUAGUUUAAUUAUUGUGGGUAACGAAGCGGAGAAUUACAGAUUGAAACAAUUAGGAAAUUAUAGCGGAUCAGCGGGAGAUUCAUUGACCUAUUCAUUGGGACAAAAUUUCACCACCCAUGAUCGUAACAACGAUAUAUGGGUGGAAAAUUGUGCUGUUCGCUAUACGGGUGCCUGGUGGCACAGAGAUUGUCAUCAAUCGUAA